CGAGAGAACCGAGAGCCGAGCGCCCGGCUUAGACCACUAGAUAACAGGACUAACUAUUAGGACUGCCGAGUCCCCCCGUGUCCUGUGUUCCCACAGGGCGCUGGCCUGAGGAUGCGGGGACUAAAGGGUGUGGACUGCUCUGAGACCCUGGCGCUUUCCUCGCGCGGUCGGGGUCCCAACCGUCAUCUCAACGAUGAGCACUUGAACUUGGGCUGAGUUGGCCGGACGACGUCAGAUAUCUCGGGAGCUGAGACUUGAUUCAGAAGUCAAGUCAGCGCUAGUCAUGGGCAGUUACCUGGGCAAGUCCGGACCCCCACAAUUGCCCCCAGCCCAGGAGCACACAGACUGGCCAGAGAGUCCAGGGAACCGUCGGCCGGCUCAGCCCCUUCACCAUGUCCACCGGGUUCAGCACGUCCACCGAGCCCACCCUGCCCCUCGGUACAGACCUGCCAGGAGGCCUCCAAACUGGAAUCCCGACAAUCCCACUUCGUGGGGAGUCAGGGAAGCUUGGAUGCGCUUUCCCAUGAGGAAGUUCCAAAAUUCCAUCUUGGGGCCUCUUUCCUCAGACUGGUGGGAAAGUUACUUCAAGCGGAGUGUCUGGUCUCUCCGACAUCCCAGAGCAAUAUGGAGCCCAGUGACCAUCAAGAUUGCUCCACCUGAGCAGCCGGUGCCCCUUGUGACUUCCCCAGCAGAGGUCAUCAAGUCUGCAGGGUCUUCACCUUCUGAAAAGCACUCAGAUCCGUGUGCAAAAGAGACAGUGCUGAGAAUCCUCAAAGAGAACAAGAAAGAGAGAGUGGGAUUGGAAGAACCAUUCUUCCCUGAGAACUUGGAUUGUAAGAGUCCAGAGACCAAACCAUCUGCAUUUAAGCCCUUGAUGAGAAAUGGAGUCUUCUUCACUUCUUAUGAGCCCCGACCUGGACCCCUGAAGAGAGGUCUCUACUCCUGGAGCUCAGUGCACAGCUUGAAUAAAAGGCCCAGUUGCUGCUCCUCGAGCUCCUUGACCUACAGGUACACAGGUAGCUCACUCAGCUUCAGAAGAAAUGCAAUUGCAAGUUCUUAUAGUUCAUCCAGAGAUUUAUCUGAAUCUUGGAAGAGAAGUGCUCCCAGUGAGUCAUUCCAGAUGCCAGAGUGGCCAAUGAAAAAGAGAGAGAAAGGUCACCAGUUUUACUCUCCAGUACCACUAAUAACAGACAAGUCCCCACAAGUAUCCAGCAAUUCUGGGCUACCUAGCCCUGGGGACAUGAUGUCCCUAACCCCACCUCAGCAACUUGGUUAUAUUCUCCAUGAAGGGAACCUGACUCUAGGGAAGAAACUUAGACUCCAGUGGAACAACAAAGCCAGAGACAAUAUGGCUGAGGCCAACAUAAAUCCAACUCCUGAAACUCAGUCUGCUAGUCAACCUUUGUCUCUCACCCUACCUUCUACAAGCACAGCUCCAACCCAAGACACACAUUCUCCUGUGGAAAAUUUAAAGAAAAUUCAAGAAUCCCCACAUUCCUUGACUUUUUCUUCUUCUGAAGAAGCUAUCAAUGUGACACAUUCAUCUCUAAAGACACCCAGCCUGCUGCCUCCGCUUGGGCACUCCCCAUCAAAGCCCCAUGCAGGCACCUCUUCAGACUCAAAGCUCAAAGAUAUUUUAAUCCUUCUGACUCCAGUUUCUCCCACAUCAACAGUCACUGAUACUACAUGGCCACCUCUGACUCCACAGGCUGACAGAUCUACAGUACCCCAGCACCCAUCUGUCAAUACCCCUAUGCAAAGUACCUUACUUGGAAUGACGGGCAGCCCAGCUCCUCAUUAUCCUGCAUCUAUGCUUCCAACUGCAACAUCUGCUGACUCUACAUCAAACCUCUCUAAGGAGCUCCCACCCAGUAGUGAGACUGGAAUUUCCUUCUGUUCCAGAAUUUCAGCCACAGUGGCAGUGUCUUCAACUCAGAGUAUCGCGACUUCCACCUUCAAGCCUAACUUUGGCAGCAUAGCGUCACUUAAAACUAUGUCUGUGAAUGACCCUUCUAUCAAGGAGACCUCUAUUCCAGAGACCACUGCUUCUCCUCUUUCCCAUGACUUGAUUAAAACUACAUCUGUGAUCAUGUCCACCCCAGAAAACAUAUCCAAAGACUCUGCUUCCAAGUCAGCUUCAGAUUCUGGUAUAGCGAAUGCUACCAGUACCAUGAGGAGCACUUCCUCUUGCCAUAUGUUCCUUCUUGGAGCUGCCAGUGCCUUCAGAACCAGCAUUUCUCCAGCUACAGGCCUCAUUUCUCCACCAUGCCAACAGUCUACCAUCCCCACUGUACAAACAGUCACUGCUACUAGUGAUGCUCUUCCCAGUGCUGUCCAGAUAUUGUCUAGCACAAGCACUGCCAAUUUGGGGAGCAUGGGCAGCCCUCUUUCAGCUACAACCCCUGCAACUAGAGACCAACCUUCACUGUUAACCAGCAACUCCAAUUCAAUGCCAGCAGUCACUGUUCCCCUGGUAUCAAACUCAAAAUCACCUUUCCCACUGACCUUGGGAAUCAUUUCCCAGACUGCUUUGGGGGUUGCAGAUAGGCAGAAGCAAGGAGGCUCCCAGCCAAACAUUGGCCCAAAUUUCAGUAGCUCUUUCAUUUUGGGAAACUCAGCAGUGGUGUCCUCAAUGCCAACACCAACUUCAGCUCAUCCAGCCUUCAGCAGAACCACACAGUUUACCUUUGCUGGCCUGACUCCCUCAACCUCCACCUUUCACAUCCCUGCCAGAAUCUGUUCAUACUCAAGCAGUGCUCCAGCAAGUUUCUCCUUUGAUCAAGCUAGUACAUCUAGUUUGGGAGUUGUCACUCAGACCCACCAGAGUGGAAACUGUGGCUCAGUGUUUGGCAGCACAGCCCCACGACCAUUUGCAUUUGGGGGAUUAGUGACCCCUAUGGACUGUUCAGAGUCUGGAGUCAGUGUGACUGGCCCAGACAUGAGCUGUUCUUCAGGAGCAUUCAGCAACACAAUAGUUUCAAAUAGGAUCGCUAAUAUUGCUACACCCUUUGGGAAAACCUGGAGCCAGAACACUCAUGGCCUGACCAGUGAGAGCACACCUUUUUCUUUAGGGAGGGCUAGAAUUUCUGCGGGGAAGAAUGCACUCAGAGGCCCUCCCAUGGCCCCCUUUGCUCAGAGUACCCCUGUCCCUGGACGAGGUUUUGGGAUGCCUUCUUCACCUACCCAAAGAAUCGUUGGAAAAGGACCUUUUAGAGCAUCAACCUCUUCAUUUUCCAUUGGUUUAAAACCAAAAACUCCCAAGAGUCGGGAGCAAGGACAUUCCAGAAGACAUCACGCCCACCGGAAAUAGUCUUGUGUUCCUAUUUGACCUUGGAAUUGCUAAGAAGAGUAACAUUCUCUUGAAAUUCUCUUAAAGCAAACACAUUUCAGACCAAAGACUAGAACUUUACAUACUCAACCUGUGGGUCAUAAUCUAUAAUCGAGAUGAAAAAAGAGAACCAUAAUAUCUAGUUAGGAAUAGCAGAAUGAACCUGGGUACAACCAAACCUUUGGAAUUGAUCAGGAAUUUGUCUUUCCUUUCCUGCUUACUUAUUCUCAAGUGUGAACUGAACUCAGUCAAACCACUGAGUGCUUCUAGUUCUUUUCCUAGGAGCAGACAUACAAGAAAAGACAAGUACAGAUCUUACCUUCUUGUGUCUUUGGGAAGAGUAAUCAAUUCUCUCUAAAUCUUAUUCUGCCUUUAUUUGAAGAAGUGGCUCCCUUUCUCUGGUCUUCCACAAAGUCUAAUUUCUCAUUUCUUACUGCAAAGUUUCAGUGGGUUCUUUUAAGGGAUUUUGAAGUAAGCUGAUCUUGAAUUUAAGUUUCCUUCAGGAACAGUGGUCAACCCUUGAAAGUACCCAUAUAUGCUACAUCUUCCUACUAUUUUUUUUUUAUCUUUUCCAAAGAAAGGUGGUACUCUUUAACUCCACCUAACCCCAUUUCUCUCUAACUUACAUCCUAAAAGUUUGUUGAGUCAACACACAACCCUAAGAGGUCAGACCCCAGUGGUCACUCAUUCCAGAAAAACAAAAAAUGGGAAGUUCUUGACUAGUUUUCCUCUAGGCUUAGAGUUUCCAAGUUGAUCUUUACCGUGUGCCUUCUUCAUUUACCACUGUCCAGUAUGGAUAGAGAGAAAUUUGUUCUUUCCUCAGUGUCUGGUGUUAAUGUGUAUUUUGUACUUUCAACUAACUUUAGAGGAGAAAUAACUUGUGGGAGUGGUGGUUCAAUCCAACUGUAUCAACAUACCACCACUCUAACAAGUCACUCAUGACUACAAGCUCAGAUUUAUGAUUUUACAUAGUAUUUUGACUUAAAAGGAAGACUUGUCAAGAAGCAGGAGGGCCAGGUAAGGGCAAAACAGGGUAAUGUAAUCUUACUUUUUCUUCCAGUACAUGUCAGAAAUAUGCACUUAAGAAACCACAGAUUAUACUUUUAAAAAAUGUAACUCUUAAAAUCAUCUCUUCAUAUUCAUAUCUCUUUCAGACAGGGUAGGCAAGGCAGAAAGCCUUUUGAGCCUGAGAACAAAGGAAGAAAGGGGAGAACACACAAAUAAGCUAAGCUGACCUCUGUUCUAUAGCCAAUGAAAGGCCUUGAGUAAAAUGCAACAUACUCUUUAUCAAUUAUCAUUCUACUGAAAAAAAGAACUAGUCCAAGUAUAUCUAUCUCUUAUUUUGUGUAUACUUUGGAAAAAGCCUAAUUGGGGAAAAAUAAACAAUUUUAAAUUGGUUUAUAAAAAUAAAAUGUUGAAAUA